UCCCCACACACUACACUGGGCUCUUGCUCACCCAUCCUCCAGGUGACUCUCAGCCAUGAAGACACUAUCUCUCCUCUCUCUCCUUGCCCUGCUGGCCUUCCAGGCCCAGGCUGAUUCUCUCCCAGAGGCAGCUGAGGAGACUAAAACUGAUGAGCAGUCAGGGACAGAGGACCAGGGUAUAACCAUCUCUUUUGGAGGCUCAGAAGGCUCUACUCUUCAAGAUGGAGCCAGAGGAGGCAACUUGACAUGCUCUUGUAAAAAUCGCUGCAAACGUUCUGAACAUGUCUAUGGAUCCUGCAACACAAGGUACCUAUUCUGUUGUCGCUGAGACCAGAGACAAGAUCACCACAUGUUCUGAGACCUCAUGAUCUGCCACUACCCUUGUACUUAGCCUAAAUUAUUUUUCCUUCUCCAAUAAAUUUUCUUGCAGAACAAGAA